AGCCUCCAAGUCCAACCACGACGCUCCCACGACAUGCUGGCUCGGUUACCCCGGGUGAGGUCAACCCCACCUGCACGCCAAAGCGAAUCGCCGCGGAUCACGCGACGCAACUCUACGGAGACGUUAAUCGAUCCAUCCCAUGACGAGCUUACGGAUCUUGUUAAAACCGCGGGGCUUUCGUGGCCCGAUCGGUUGACGUAUACUGCGUAUGUGGUUGUGCUAGGGAGAUGAUCAAGGACAUGAGCGGCAACAAGAAGGCGGGAGAUCAUCCGGUGGCGGAUGCGGCGUGGCCGGCGAGGAGGAGGGACGGGAUGGGCAGGGCGGGCGUGCUGCUCAUCGCGUGCCUGUUCACGCUGCCGUUCAUGGCGCUCCUCUUCGGCGGCCGGGCGGGUGCGCUGGCCGUGUGGCAGAACGCCGCCAAGCUGACCGCCAUGGGUGGAGGAUUACUGAACGUCUCUCGUCAGAGCGCCGCCGGUGCGGACGAGCUCUUUGGCGGCCUGCUCUCGCCGGGCUCCGACCGGCGCGCGUGCCUCAGCCGCUACCAGUCCCCGCAUUACUACAAGCACUCCCCGUACGCGCCGUCGCGGCACCUCCUGCGGAAGCUGCGCGACUACGAGGCGCGGCACAGCCGGUGCGGCCCCGGAACGCCGCCGUACGCCAGGUCCGUUGACCACCUCCGGUCCGGCAGCAGCAGCAGCACGGAGGACGCGGAGUGCAACUACGUCGUGUGGAUCCCCUACAACGGCCUCGGCAACCGGAUGCUCUCGCUGCUCAGCACGUUCCUCUACGCGCUCCUCACCGACCGCGUCCUCCUCGUCCACUCCACGGACGACUUCACCGGCCUCUUCUGCGAGCCGUUCCCCGGUACCUGGGUGCUCCCGCCGGACUUCCCCGUCGCCGACAUGUCCUGGCUCGGGGUGGGCUCCAACCAGUCGUACGGGAACCUCCUCGACGGCAAGAAGAUCGCCAACGACCCGGCCAAGGCGACGGCGCGAUCGGUGCCGCCGUACGUGUACCUGCACCUGGCGCACGACCUCCGGCGCUCGGACCGGCUCUUCUACUGCAACGACGACCAGCUCGUGCUGGCCAAGGUGAACUGGCUGCUGGUGCAGAACGACUUCUACUUCGUGCCGGCGCUGUACGACAUGGCCGAGUUCGAAGCUGAGCUCCGGAGGCUGUUCCCGGCCAAGGAGAGCGUGGCGCACCUUCUCGGCCGGUACCUGUUCCACCCGUCCAACUCCGUCUGGGGCAUGAUCACCAGGUACUACCACACGUACAUGGCCCAGGCGGAGGAGAGGAUCGGCGUGCAGAUCAGGAUGUUCUCCUGGGCAACCAUCCCCGUCGACGACAUGUACAGCCAGAUCAUGGCGUGCUCUCGACAGGAGCACAUACUGCCGGACGUCGUCGAUGGCGACGCUGCAGCGAGCAGCAGUAGCCACGACCACGGCGGCUCCAAACCCAAGGCCAUCCUGAUCGCGUCGCUGCAAGCAGACUACUACGACAGGAUCAAGUCCACUUACUACGAGCACGCGGCCAAGGGCGGCGACAUGGUGGGGGUGUUCCAGCCGAGCCACGAGGAGCGGCAGAUCAUGGGGCAGCGGACGCACAACCAGAAGGCGCUGGCGGAGAUCUACCUGCUCAGCUUCUCCGACGUGCUGCUCACCACGGGGGCGUCCACGUUUGGCUACAUGAGCAGCAGCCUCGCGGGGCUGCGGCCGACGAUGCUGAUGAUCCCGGAAGACGGCAAGGUGCCCGAGCCGCCAUGCGUGCGCGCCGUGUCCAUGGAGCCGUGCUUCCACAUGACGCCCGAUGUGGAGUGCCGGGGGAAGGCGGUGAACAAGGAGGAGCUGUCUCGCCAUGUCAAGGAGUGUGAGGAUGUAGGCAAAGGAAUUAAAUGGAUCAAAGGUAUCAAGUUAUUUGAUUAGAAUCCAACUGGUCAUCAACCCGAGUUGGCAGAAAAUUUUGUUGUAGCUAGUUUUUGUAGUGAUUUCGAUCGAUUUAUAAUCUAUUUAUAACUCUAAAAUUGCACAUUUGAGUUAUAUUUGUCCACAACAGUUGCAG